AUGUCUCUUCAAGAGCCUAGCGAUCGAGAGCGCCACAUGUACUAUUGCGGCCUUCCAAGCGGCCCAAAACUCAUCGCCCGCUCCAGCACCACGCCCUGGCCUCACCCUCACCAAUGGCCGGAGAACAAGAAACUCGAUGUCGCUACAGGACACGCGAUCCAGCAGCCAUGGAAUGACCCACGAGGAACCCUUCAGCAGCUGAUCAUCGGAACCCUCAGCGACAUCGACUGGACCGCCAUUGAUAUCUUGCGCGUCGGGUACGAAAGCGCAUACGAAGAUGCUGACCGAGCACCAGAGUGCCCAGUCACCAUGCUCAUUUCCGUAUCCGAGAACUCGACUUCGUUCCACCAGGCGGAAACUGCCAUCGUCGAGUGCAAACAGAUCCUCGCCCGCUUAGCCCUCGACGACGUUGAAGUCGAGGUGAAAGAAAGCAUCGUCUGCACCGCUGCCUCGAACCAAGGCCCAGCUACCUACAGCCCGACAUCUGGCCCGCAAGCCUUACGCCUCACAUGCGGCCCCUUCAACAACGAUGUUGACGAUGUCAAGUUCCAGUUUGGCCAUCAUGUCUCGGAAUACAUCGGAACGUCGAUUGGUGUACGUGGACCUAAAAAGGGAACAAAGAGUCUCUAUCUACAAGGCAACGAUAACAAGACGUACGCACUCACGUGUCGCCAUGUUCUCUUCACAGACAGUGAUUUUAUCGAGUAUCGGUCUGGAGACGACAACGACAAAACCACCAAGCAAGUCAUCCAGCCCGCAGAAGGGACGCUUGUCGACACUGUGACGAGUUUCUUCAGCGAGAAAUCUGGGAUUGAAACAGGUAUACAUCUUACUUCACUGCCGCGUUACAAUACCCCAGCAUUCCAAGUCCAACGCUUGAACUCUCUGCAGAAGCGAAGCCUGUUGGAAUCUUGCCAACCCCGUAUUGAACAGCUCCAAGACUAUGGCAGCUUUACCCUUGGUCGAGUUGAGUUUUCGCCACCUAUCCAAGUCUACUCUGAUCGGGUUAGAGACUGGUCGCUUGUCGAACUGUCGCAAGAGAGCUUCACCACUAGACUCGGCGACCUCACCAACAAAGUACCAGUCACCCAGCAGCUUCGAGAUGCAUUCGACAAGUACAGUGGAACAGUGAGCCAAGGUACUCUGCUUCCUGUUGCUGCGUCGCUAGAAGCUACGAUCGGGCCGCACAUUAUACCCGAGGCCGAACUGGAGAAUACUGCAGCCAGCGGUCUCAUUGUGAUCAAGUAUGGUUGUAAGAGCGGGCUCACCUUUGGGCUUUCCAACGGCAUCCGGUCUGUCGUUCGCCGCCCUGCUGGACCUGGACCUGCCGGUGCCAUGGUCUCAAAUGAAUGGUGUAUCAUUGGGGUGAAUAGUCAAAUCCCUUUCUCAAAAGGCGGUGAUUCCGGAGCUUGCGUCUUUGAUCUCACGGGUCGCAUCGGUGGUAUCAUGACGGCUGGAUUGAAAAAAGAGAACAAUCCCGACGGUGUUGACGUCACUUACGCCACGCCUAUGCAGUGGCUUCUGGACGACAUCAAGCGACAAGGCUACGAUGUCAAGCUGCCUAACUAG